AUGGAAAGUGAACUGAAUAUUGAAACGACAGGAUCCAGUUGGACUGGUGGCUGGUUUACCUGGACUCGUCAGUCAGAUGUAAUGUUACGUAAUAUAGAACAAACAAUACUGUCAUGCGUGAAGACCGUGUAUAAGCGUUUCUAUGUAGAUAUUGGGUCAGUGGUGGGUGAAUGUGAUAAAAUAUGGACCAUUUCUUUGAACGACGAAUCCCCAAAGACGCCAUUGUUGAUGUUACACGGCAUGGGAGCUGGUGUAGCGCUUUGGUGUCCUAACUUGGACGCGUUUGCGGCGUCUCGACCGGUAUAUGCGAUAGAUUUACUAGGAUUUGGUCGUAGUUCCCGACCAAAGUUCGCGUCAGAGGCUGAGAAAGUUGAGGCGCAAUGGGUCGAAUCGGUAGAGGAAUGGAGACGCGAGGUCAAGAUCAAAGAGUUCAUACUCCUUGGACACAGCCUCGGGGGAUUCAUUGCUACGGCUUACGCAUUGAAAUAUCCUGAGAGAGUUCGACAUCUCAUCCUCGCAGAUCCAUGGGGUUUUCCAGAAAAACCAUCAAAUGUGUACGAAAAGUACCAAGUUCCGUUCUGGAUUCGAGCAGUGGCGACUGCGAUGCAGCCUCUCAAUCCCCUGUGGGCGGUGAGGGCGGCCGGACCCGCGGGGAAAUGGCUAGUUAGCAAGACAAGACCAGAUAUAUCUAGGAAAUAUCUAAAUUAUGUACCUAACGCCGAGACUGUUAUACCUGAAUAUAUAUACCAAUGUAACUCGCAAACGCCCAGCGGUGAAAGCGCCUUCCACUCGUUAAUGCACGGGUUCGGGUGGGCCAAGAACCCGAUGGUGCACCGCGCGGCGCAGCUCGACCCCGCGCUGCCCGUCACCGUGCUGUACGGCUCGCGCUCGUGGGUCGACAACAGCACCGGCCAGCUGCUCAGCGAGCACCGGCCUGAUUCCAAGACAUACGUACAGGUCAUAAAUGGUGCGGGCCACCAUGUCUACCUGGACAAGCCGGAGCAGUUCAAUAGAUUUGUAUUAGAGGCAUGUUCUCUAGCGGAUGAAGCACCGAGAAAACUUCAAAACAAACCCGAUACAGAUAACAUUAAUGGAACGCCAUCU